CUGGAGCCAGUUGGUCUACACAAAGGCAAAAGCGAGCAGUGUGUAUCCGACUUCGGAUCCGUGCAUUCAAGUCGGACAGAAAGAAGAAGACCCGACCCUAUUACCGAAAUUGAGAGCACAUCACAAGAGAUCCAAUCUAAAAGUCUCCACCGACAGGAAACUACUGAAGCUUCCUAGCGUAUUAGAUCACACCAAAUCAUUCAGAAAAAUUCUGAAAUCGAUUUUUCAGUUUAUUGUUGAUAAGUUGCAAAAAUGUCUCAGUUCCUUCACCAAAGACCUUUACACAUUCCGUUUUCAGAUCCCUAUCCAAUUUCUCCACGCAAUUCAACAUCUUUUGAAAGACCAAUGUCGCUUCUUAAUCGAACUGCUCUUCUGGUCUUGCUCACUCUCUUAGUCCUACUCGGAGUAAUCCUUCCCUGGGUUGGAACGCCUCGAUUCAUGUUCCCAAACACCACCUCUUCCCUCGCUAAAUGGCGCGAUUACACUCUGUCUCAAGCAGUGUCGUUCGUCGCCAAGAACGGGACUGUGAUUGUUUGUGCUGUGAGUCAACCUUACUUACCAUUUCUGAAUAACUGGUUGAUUAGUAUUAGCAGGCAAAAGCACCAAGAUAAAGUUCUGGUGAUUGCAGAGGAUUAUGCCACCCUUUAUAAGGUUAACGAGAAAUGGCCAGGUCACGCCGUGCUCGUUCCCCCUGCUCCUGAUUCACAAACUGCCCAUAAGUUUGGUUCUCAGGGAUUCUUUAAUUUUACAUCUCGAAGGCCUCGUCAUCUGCUGCAUAUAUUGGAGCUUGGGUAUAAUGUUAUGUACAAUGAUGUUGAUAUGGUCUGGUUGGGAGAUCCAUUUCCAUAUUUAAAGGGAAGUCAUGAUGUGUACUUCACUGAUGACAUGGCAGCGGUUAAGCCACUUAACCACUCCCAUAAUCUGCCGCCUCCUGGGAAAAAAGGGCGCACUUAUAUAUGUAGCUGUAUGAUUUUCAUGAGGCCCACUGAUGGAGCGAAACUAGUUAUGAAGAAAUGGAUUGAAGAGCUUCAGGCUCAACCAUGGUCCAAAGCAAAGAAAGCAAAUGAUCAGCCUGCGUUUAACUGGGCACUGAAUAGAACAGCUGGGCAGGUGGAUCUGUACCUGCUGCCCCAGGCAGCAUUUCCAACAGGAGGACUGUACUUCAAAAACCAGACAUGGGUACAGGAAACUAAAGGAGUGCAUGUAAUCGUACAUAAUAAUUAUAUCACAGGUUUUGAUAAAAAGAUAAAACGCUUCCGUGAUUAUAGUCUCUGGUUGGUGGAUGAUUAUGCCCUCGAGUCACCUUUGGGCAGGUUAUAACAAGGGGGGAAAUUAUAUGAUGUCUUUGUGCUGAAUUAAUGAGCAUUAUUUGUCAAAAGUUGAUGGAGUUCAACUUGCCAAUGGAUCAUCCUCCUGGUUAUGAGCCAGCAUCAUGGAAUCGAAGAGAGGAAUGUGAAAAUUGUUGCAGUGGUACUGAUGAUGGGAGUUCUUCAUUGUAUUUUUGGCUGGGUUAAGUUUGCAAAAGUCAGAUGGUAUUGUAUUUAAAAAAGGCCUGUGUUGUGUUGACAUUGGUUGGGCAAUGAAGGGAAAUUCAUUACAAAACAAAAAAGGUCACUGCAAAUGUUUCUGUGUCAACUUGUUUAACCAAUCAGAUUGUACUUCACCUCCUUUUUUUUUUUUUUCUAUUUUAAUUUUCAUCAAUAAUUUAUGUAUGAAAAUUCGAAAAUGAAGACUGGAGAGUGGUUGGGUGAAUUUUUUGGUUGAUCUCUUCAUCUGGUUGAAUAGUAUUAACGCCGAUUGUCUUAA